AUGGAAACAGUCACUUUCACCUGCACUGCUCCUGGAGAUUCCUUGAGAUGGGAACCAUCAGAUGUGGCUCGCAUCGACAUCUUCUCCACCUUAGAUCUCAAUGAACCACUAGUGCGAUCAGGUUACACUAACCCUCCUACUGAGACUGGUGGUAGAGAUGACCUCACCUACACAGUGACUGUCUCACCUCUGGCCCAGCUCUCUGCUACUGUCCUCACACCCACCUCUGUCACUGUGACUGCUCAAUACAAUGUGGACUACACUGUCAGUGUUGUGGCUACCAACUGUGCUGGGAGCAGUACAACUGUUGAGUACAACUUUAGGAUUGGCGUCUGUCCUGUGUUGACUAACCCCAUGAAUGGAGCCUUUGUACCAGUCUUCAGCAGAUUACCAGGAUCCACGGUAACCAUCCAGUGUGAUGUUGAGUAUGUAUCUGCUGUUACUAGGGUGACAUGUGAGGGUACACUGAUGUGGAGUCCAGACCCUGAGGCUAUUGAGUGUACAUCACGAACCACACCUACUCCCACAACUCUCCCUCCAAUAAACUGCACGACUCUACUAUCCCCACCACUUGAACCAUCUACAGCUGCACCUUGUAAUUGUAAUUGUAAUUGCGCCAGCCUCUCUGAUGGUAGUCGAUUUGAUGCAGCUCUCUCCAUCAGCGUGGUUGCCACGGCAAUUCUAUUCACGAUAAUAAGAUUAUUUGUGGGACUCUUGAUAAUGUAUUUGCUCAUGCAUAAGAAGAAUGUGUACUCCCCGUCAGCUAAAGAGCAAGCUAACGUAGGACCCACUGCACCAGCUGGUCCUGUUUAUGAGGAGGUGUCACCCAAAGAGGAGAUUGAACUGAACACUAACCAUGCGUACGGACCAGUAGGACUAUGAAACUUAUGGUAAUUUUCGUAAACAAUAACGUUGUUCAUUAAAAAGCCACUACACAUGUUAGGUGAGACAGUCUCACUCCAGCAGACUGCACCAGCGCAUUGUCACUGCUCUGAGGGUGGAGUACUUGUAAUAACUGGAGUAUGCAGAUCUCAUUAUCUAUUGAAAUAGCAUACAUGUAGGAAACAAGGACAGAGAAACAUUGAACACAUUCAAAGAAGUUAGAUACGUGUAUAGCCACAGUACAAUUUACAAAGAAAUUGUUAUGUGAAACCUACUUCAAAAGUAUCGAAUGUUUCUUACA